CAAAAACAAAAGAUCUCAAAACACAAGCAUGUCCCAACCCAGAUUCCUCUCCAUUGUCUCCCUCUGUCUCACCCUUCUUCUGCUCCACGCCCAUCUUCCAAUCUGCAACGGCCUAUCGUUUGUGGACCUCAAUUUGUUGAAACAAAAUGAAAUGGCUGUGAUGACCAAAAGGGUUUGCACCAAAACCAUUGGAGAGUGUCUGAGUUUGACCGACCCAGACAUGGAUUCGGAGACCAACAGAAGAGUUCUGGAAAUGCAGAGAAAGUACAUUAGCUAUGAGACACUCAAGAAAGACAUGGUUCCCUGUGACAGGGCUGGAGCUUCUUACUACAAUUGUCAUGCAAUACCAGCCCAUCCUUAUAAUAGAGGCUGUGAGGUAAUUACUGCAUGUAGAGGUCACGACAUCAAGACUUGAUAGGUUAGAACUCACAAUGAAAUGGGGGAAACUCUUCUCUGUUCUCUUUUCCCCUUUCUUUCCCCCCAUUAGCUUUCCUUUGUAGUUAAGAUCACCCCCUUAAAUGCUUUCUGUUUUACUUUUGAACAUUUAUAUGACCGGCGUGUCUAUGAAAGUAUCGAUUUUUCUUUCCCA